AUGUUAGCUACGACAGCGCCUGAUCCACCGAUCAUAUUAAAACGACAAGUUAUUGGACGCCCUGGUAUCUGCGGUUCCCUAUAUGAUGCAAAAAGAGACACAAUCGACGAAAUUCCAAGAGAAAGGACAAGAUUAUCAAUAACUCGCAGUAAAAUCUAUCAGGGACCCGAAUGUUAUUCUUAUACUGGUGCUAGUACAGAUGGUGAAAAAUUAAAACAACUUAAAUUAAAUAAUGCAGCUGCACUCAGUGUUCUAUUUCGAGUAGUGCCAGAUUUAAAUGAACAUUCGAAGUAUAUUUAUUCAAAACAAAAUAAUCGCACAUUCACUAUAACCUUUUAUCACUGUACAGAAGAGGUAUCAAUCACAGAUAAGGAACAGGUUGUUAAGGAAAAUGCUAGACGAGCUCAUUCAGCGACCCAUAUUAUCACAGGUGGUAUCAAGUGCGGAGUUAAAGCAAUAGCAACUUUCGAAUUAGAUUCUAUUGCAUCGAAAGAUCAGUCAAUCAACAAUUUGGUACAACGAAUGUGUGAUUAUCUUCGUAUGCCUGACUGUAAUUACGAGGAUUUCUUUAAAAAUGAUGAAAACAAACUCACGGAAGAUUAA